AGCGGCGGCGGCAGCAGCAGCAGCAGCAGCGGUGGCUGAGGGGCCGUGCCGAGUGCGUGCGGGCGGGAGCGGACCGAAGCAGCGGCCUGUCCCUCCUCGCUAGCGGGCGGCGACGACAGCGGGACGCCAUGGCCCCGCGGCUGCAGCUGGAGAAGGCCGCUUGGCGAUGGGCGGAGACGGUGCGGCCCGAGGAGGUGUCGCAGGAGCACAUCGAGGCGGCCUACCGCAUCUGGCUGGAGCCCUGCAUCCGGGGCGUGUGCAGAAGAAAUUGCAAAGGGAAUCCGAAUUGCUUGGUUGGCAUCGGAGAACACGUCUGGUUAGGGGAAAUUGAUGAAAACAGCUUUCACAACAUUGAUGAUCCCAACUGUGAAAGGAGGAAAAAGAACUCAUUUGUGGGUCUAACAAACCUUGGAGCAACGUGCUAUGUGAACACUUUUCUUCAGGUUUGGUUUCUUAACCUGGAGCUUAGACAGGCUCUGUAUUUAUGUCCAAGUACCUGUGGUGACCACAUGAUGGGAGAUGGCAUACAGGAAGAGAGAGAUUAUGAACCUCAGACCAUUUGUGAACAUCUCCAGUACCUUUUUGCUUUGCUGCAGAACAGUAACAGACGGUACAUUGAUCCAUCUGGAUUUGUUAAAGCCUUAGGCUUGGACACAGGACAACAGCAGGAUGCACAAGAAUUUUCAAAGCUGUUUAUGUCUUUACUGGAGGAUACUUUGUCUAAGCAGAAGAAUCCAGAUGUAAGGAAUAUCGUCCAACAGCAAUUUUGUGGAGAAUAUGCAUAUGUGACUGUCUGUAACCAGUGUGGCCGUGAAUCUAAGCUUUUAUCAAAAUUUUAUGAACUGGAGUUAAAUAUCCAAGGGCACAAGCAGCUAACAGAUUGCAUCACCGAAUUUCUCAAGGAAGAAAAAUUAGAAGGAGACAAUCGAUACUUUUGUGAAAACUGUCAGAGUAAACAGAAUGCAACAAGAAAGAUCCGACUGCUCAGUCUUCCUUGUACACUUAAUUUACAGCUAAUGCGUUUUGUAUUUGACAGACAAACAGGACAUAAGAAAAAGCUGAAUACCUACAUUGGCUUCUCAGAACUUUUGGAUAUGGAACCUUACAUGGAGCAUAAAGAAGGAAUCUAUGUUUAUGAACUGAGUGCUGUCCUCAUACACCGAGGUGUAAGUGCAUAUUCUGGUCACUACAUUGCUCACGUGAAGGAUCCUCAGACUGGAGAAUGGUACAAAUUCAAUGAUGAAGAAAUAGAAAAGAUGGAGGGAAAGAAAUUACAGCUAGGGAUUGAGGAAGAUCUAGCAGAGCCUUCUAAGUCACAGACACGUAAACCUAAGUGUGGGAAAGGAACUCACUGCUCUAGAAAUGCCUACAUGUUGGUGUAUAGAUUACAGACACAAGAGAAAUCUUCUCUGACAGUUCAAGUACCAGCUUUUCUUCAAGAGCUGGUAGAGCGUGAUAACUCCAAGUUUGAGGAGUGGUGUGUGGAAAUGGCUGAAAUGCGUAAACAAAGUGUGGACAAAGGCAAAGCCAAACACGAAGAGGUGAAGGAACUCUACCAAAGGUUACCUGCUGGAGCUGAGCCAUAUGAAUUUGUCUCUCUUGAGUGGCUGCAGAAAUGGUUAGAUGAAUCUACCCCAACAAAGCCCAUUGAUAACCAUGCCUGCUUGUGUGCCCAUGACAAACUGCAUCCUGACAAAAUCUCCAUCAUGAAGAGAAUUUCUGAAUAUGCAGCAGAUAUUUUCUACAGUCGCUAUGGAGGGGGACCCCGGCUUAAUGUUAAAGCCCUUUGCAAAGACUGUGUGGUAGAGCGCUGUCGUGUAUUGCGGUUGAAGAACCAACUAAAUGAAGAUUAUAAAAUUGUUACAAAUUUGUUGAAAACCACAGUGAAGGGUAAUGAAGGCUUCUGGGUAGGGAAGUCUUCCUUACGAAGUUGGAGACAGCUAGCCCUUGAGCAGUUAGACGAGCAAGAUAUUGAUACAGACCAAAGUAAUGGGAAAAUGAAUGGUGACACCUUAAAUAAAGAUGAUUCCAAGGAUGAGAAAAAAGAUGAGGAAGAGGAGUUAAAUUUUAAUGAAGACAUCCUGUGUCCGCACGCAAGAUGGUUUUUUACAGGUAGUUUAUGUAUAACAGAAAAUGAGAGACGUCUUGUUUCUAAAGAGGCUUGGGGAAAACUGCUGCAAUACUUUCCAAAAGCUCCAGAAUUUCCAAGUUACAAAGAAUGCUGUUCUCAAUGCAAGAUCCUGGAAAGAGAAGGAGAAGAAAAUGAAGCCUUACACAAGAUGAUUGCAAAUGAGCAAAAAACUUCUCUCCCGAAUUUGUUCCAAGACAAAAGCAGACCCUGUCUUAGUAAUUGGCCUCAGGAAACGGAUGUGCUUUACAUUGUAUCUCAAUUUUUUGUAGAAGAAUGGCGGAAAUUUGUGAGGCGGCCUACUAGAUGUAGUCCUGUAUCAUCAGUAGGAAACAGUGCUCUUCUCUGUCCUCAUGGUGGACUUAUGUUUACUUUUGCUUCCAUGACCAAAGAAGAUUCUAAACUUAUAGCUCUCAUAUGGCCCAACGAGUGGGAGAUGAUACAAAAGCUAUUUGUCGUGGAUCAUGUAAUUAAAAUUAUCAAAGGUGAAACGGAUGAUGCAAAUCCUUCACAGAUGUUAUAUACGUCAGAACCCAGUCUUUGUCCAGAAUGCAGGGAAGGUUUAUUGUGUCAACAGCAGAGGGAUCUUCGGGAGUACACCCAAGCCACUAUAUAUGUACAUAAAGUUGUGGAUAAUAAAAAGGUAAUGAAGGAUGCUGCUCCAGAAUUGAAUGUUAGUAGUUCAGAAACUGAAGAGGACAGGGAAGAAACAAGGCCCGAAGGGGAAAAAGACCCAGACUUUAAUCAGACCAAUGGUGGAACAAAGCGGCAAAAAAUUUCUCAUCAGAAUUAUAUUGUUUAUCAGAAGCAAGUCAUUCGACGGAGCAUGCGGCACCGUAAAGUUCGGGGAGAAAAGGCACUACUUGUUUCAGCAAAUCAAACAUUAAAAGAACUAAAAAUCCAGAUCAUGCACGCCUUCUCAGUAGCUCCUUUUGACCAGAACCUUUCAAUAGAUGGGAAAAUCCUAAAUGAUGACACUGCAACCCUUGGUACUCUUGGUGUCAUUCCUGAAUCCGUUAUUUUGUUAAAGGCAGAUGAACCAAUAGCAGAUUAUGCUGCAAUGGAUGAUGUUAUGCAAGUGUGUAUGCCUGAAGAAGGAUUUAAAGGGACUGGUCUCCUUGGACAUUAAUUAUAUGAAAAAUUGCUGACUGCUUAAAGUGACCAUAAGGGACGGAGGAGCUUGACAUUUUAGGGCAUUAUUGCAAAAGUGAAUUUAAGAAUAAAUGGUCACUUGACUCUUCCAGAAGGCAGGAAUCCAUUCAAAAGUGACUGUCCCAAAUGCCUUAUGUCAAAUAAAGCAGAUUGCACUGAAGGACAUCAGACUUCAAGGAAAUGUUUCCCAUUUUAUAUUUAAGGGGGGAGGGGAGUUUGGGAUAAUGGGUGGGGCUUGGAUUAAGGCUGAACAAGUUUAGUAGCAGUAACAAUAUAUCAUGUUUACAUACAGAAAUUUAUAUAGGGAAGGGAAUGAAAUCCAGUUGUAUUUCCUUGCUCAAAUUUCAUACCAGAGGCAUUUGUUCAUAAAGGAUUUGUAUUGCAGUAGAUGAACAAAAUUCUGUCUUUCAGAGGUAAUUCUUUAUAGACCUGCUUACAAAUACCUGUCUUAAAUCUAAUGUUAUACUUUCAAUAAAGCAUGAAAGUAAACAACUUGUUAAUUGUGGAAAAAAAAUGUCUACCUUUUUCAGAGGUAUCUGUACCAACAUGUUGAUUGCAGCCUCCCCAUCAAAGCUAUGUAGUGAUUUGCUUCCAGGGUUAGUGAAAUCGGCCAUUUUGGAGUAUUGAUUUUAAAUGGAAAUCUUCAGCCUCGGGGUCCUUUGCUUGAGUGCAUUUAGGAAUGAUGGGAAAUUGUAACUACUUGAGGAUGCCACUGCCCAGAAUGAGAGCCAUACCCAGCACAUCCUGCCUACUUGUCAGGUUGGAAGCACCAACCUGACCAUGUCUAAAGUGUGACGUCCAUUUCAGGAAGAUUGAUGGACCUGAAAAUGAAUUUUGGACAGUAUGUGGCUCUUCCAACAACAGAAUCUUCUCUCUUCUCCCUCCCUCUCCACACUCCAAUCCCUUUUGGUCCAUUGUUUCCAUGAAAUCAUUUGUGUUCUGGAAUGCCCAGGAAGUAUGUUGUCCUUUUAUAACUAAUUAAAUGUUAUUGUUUUUCUCUGUGCAAAAUAUAUAAUGGCUACAAUAUUUUAUACAACUUGCUCAGAAGCAGUCAGAUUGUCAGGAGCCCCCAGAAAGCCAGAAGGUUUUCUUGAGGAUCCUGAAGAUGUAACUUCAGACUGGUGUGCUGCCCUUCUUUCAUAAAUGAUCUUUUCUCCAUUGAAUGUUUCUAAGCUUGAUUAUGGCAGUGAUGCUGAGGAGGGCUGGGGUGCUGGCACUCAGUUUUUGCUGUGAUUCUGUUUUAAGGCUUGUGUUUGUGUUUUGUUUUUAAGAAGCAUUGCUAAAAAAUUAAACUCUGGAAAAUAGAUUUAAUGAAGCUUUGCGUCAGAGGAGAGACGGUAAUCUUGAUGGUGUCCCUUUGCAACUCAUUUUUUAAUCAAUAAUUAUGGCUGUACUGUAAAAUUAUCACUCCUUGUUUGUUUUUUUCUGUCUCUGUUUGUAAUAUUCAAUCUGUGCUCCAUGAGGAGGUGGGGGAAUAUUUAAUUAGCAUGUGUGGGAUAGUGAGAGUAGCACAAAAAAUUGACAAAAACCAUCCUAUGAAAAGCAGCUGGAGAGCUCUUGAUGUUGGCUUUGAAAUGAGCACAGGAAAGGGACUGAAAAACCGAGACUACGGCAAGCCCAUCUUGAUGUAGGCUUCCAACCUUUUAUUUUGUUCUAGGACAAGGGUACUGGGUCUUGUCGUCAUGAUCCCUCGAGCAUCUUCUUUCCCAAGGUAAAGACUUCAGCAAACAUUCGUUCUGCUCCUCUUUUGUGCUUGAUGAAACGGCUGCCUUCCUUCUCCUGCAGACAGUUCUGGGCUGCAGCAAGAGCCUUGGUCUCAGGAUCGACACCCUCACUCCUGUACAUAGCCCCCAGAAAGUUGAUAUAUUUUUCUCAAUUUGCUGUUGAUAGCAUUUUUUUUAACUAGGGGUCUUUUCCUCGCGAACACAGCCUCUGAAUUAUGUAGGCCAAGUACUGUAAACUGGGAUAUAUAAGCAGAUAGAAAUUUGCAAAAAAAAAAAAAAAAAACAAACCUAUGGUUGUAUUCAAUGCCCUUGUCCUUGUGUAUAAGGAAAACAGGUACAAGAUGGGGUUUUGAAGGUCCAUUGAUUGUUCUGUCUGUAUUUGCAAAUAUGUUGGACUAAAUUGUUAUCUGAAUUGUGGAUACCUUAUUAAAGUACACAGCAUUGUCUAUUUUUUCCCUCAUGUUCUUCAUAUGCAUUGUAUGUGUUUAGGUUUUUAUAUUGGAUUGUAGAAAGAUGCCUGUAGAUUUUCCAGUGGUUCCUUCUCAGCUCCAUUACUUUGUGUCUACAUCUGACAUGUAAACACUUGAGAAAAUCUAAAAAUAUAAGACUGGCAGAAUCUGUGCAGUUUCA